AUGACAGAAAAAGGCUCGCAGUCGGAGGAGCUCUCCCUCCAGGAUGUCCAGGCGCAGGUUGAUGGGCUCAAAAACGACAUGAAGACGAUGCACGAGAGAUUUGAUUCUACGAUCACUUCGUCGAAUGCGUGUUUUGAUCAGCUCGACCUCGCUGAUACAGCUGCCCACACCACGCUCGAGUCGAUCACGACUCGUCUUGAGGCCAUGACGACACAGCUUCGGACCAUGUCGACACAGCUCACGGAGUUGCAAAAUGCACGUGACUACGGCGCCGACACCGAGCUAGAUGAAGACAAUCGUCGUGGUCGUGCUCGUAGGGUACGUGUUCCUAUUAAUGAUUCUUUUGCCAAAAUAAAAUUUAAGAUUCCUACUUUUACUGGCAAAUAUGAUCCGGCUGCUUAUCUUGAUUGGGAAUUAGAAGUUGAACAAAAAUUUGCCUGCCAUGAUAUUCCUGCUAAUUUACAAGUUAAGGCUGCUAUUAGUGAAUUUACUGAAUUUGCUUUAAUUUGGUGGCGUGAGUAUAGACAAAAAUAUCCUGAUAAUAUUCCAGCCACUUGGACGGCAUUAAAAGCUGCUAUGCGUCAUCGUUUUGUGCCGUCAUAUUUUGCUAGAGAUUUGCUUAAUCAAAUGCAGCGUUUUCAACAAGGUUCGCUUUCCGUAGAGGAUUAUUAUCAAGCUUUGCAAAAGGGUAUGAUUCGCUGUGGUUUAGUUGAACAGGAUGAUGCUGCUAUGGCUCGUUUUAGAGGUGGUUUAAACCGUGAAAUUCAGGACAUUCUUGAUUAUAAGGAUUAUGAUGACAUGACAACCUUAUUUGAAUAUGCUUGUAAAGCUGAACGCGAAGUGCAGGGACGGCGAUCUUCGACACGCACUAAUCAUUUUGCAGGUUCGAGCAAGGCUCCUACACCAGCCCCACGGUCGACGCCCCCUACUUCCUCUUCCACCCCGCGCGAGUCGACCUCUUCAUCGACCGCACCUUUGCGCGACUCGUCGGCCAAGCCGACCGCGCCUCCGGCCAAGCCCGCGCUGUCAUCUGGACGUGCUCGCGAUAUUCAGUGUCAUCGUUGCAAAGGGUUUGGUCAUGUAAUUCGAGAUUGCCCCAACAAAUGGACCAUGCUGAUUCGUGACGACGGUGAGUAUUCUUCCGCUAGUGAUUCUGAGGAUGUUCAACAUUCUAUGCUUGCUACUGACCAUGCAGAUAAUACGGAGCUUCAUGUCGACUCUAGUGCCGCCGACAGGUAUGCAAAUCUUGUUGUGCAGCGUGUUCUUAGUACACAGGUCGUUCAGGACGAAAAGAAUCAGUGCCACAACAUUUUUCAUAUCAAAGGCGUCGUGCAAGAACGAGCGGUCCGUAUAAUCAUCGAUGGUGGCAGUUGCAACAAUUUGGCUAGUACGACCUUGGUGGAACAGUUGUCAUUGCCAACAAGGAAGCAUCCACAUCCUUAUCAUGUUCAGUGGCUUAAUGAUGGCGGCAAAAUAAAGGUAACGCGCUCGGUACGUGUUCCUUUUUCUCUUGGCGCCUAUUCUAAUUUUGUGGAUUGUGAUGUUGUUCCAAUGGAAGCAUGUUCUUUGUUGCUUGGCCGUCCUUGGCAAUAUGAUGUUGAUAGUGUUCAUCAUGGUCGUUCCAAUUAUUAUUCCUUCAUGUUUAAGGGUCAGAAAAUUGUUAUUCAUCCUAUGACACCUGAACAAGUUCUAAAAGAUGAUAUUGCUAGAGCGGCAAAAGCUGCAAAAUUGAUUAAAUCACCUCCUGUUGCACCUGUUCAACCUGAGAUUAAAUUGCAUAACCCUAUCUUGCUUGCUACACGUGCUGAUUUUGAUGAAUUACAUGAUGCUAAUUUGCCUUGUUAUGCGCUCGUUUGCUCUCGAAUAUAA